GAUCGUUAUCAUCAGGGUUCAUACUUUUCUAGAUUUCACAGGACAAACAAAAGGUUGAGAAGCAUAAUAAGAGGGAAUAGUCCAAGCGCGAGCUCUCAUUAAAAAUGCGCCAUCAUCAAUACGAAUCACAAUUUCUUCAAAAUACAAUGGUUUGCCUUUUGUGGUUACACCACAGUAAGCUGAUAAAUCAUUAUAAUUAUAAUAUUUUGUACCAUCGAUCUCAACGCAAGAACCUUUUAAGUAUGGUAAUUUCAAUGAAGGAGUUAAAGUAAGAGAACCUUCAGAUGUUCUAAAAGAUUCUGUGAGUGCACGAAAAAUCUUAUCAUCUGCGGAAUCCUUUAAAGUAAGAUUUUCGAAUUUUACGCCAUUGUUCAAAUUAGACGUUACGGUUGCUAAUGCAUCUCUUCCGUGGAUUUCUAAUCGAUAUAAACCUUUGUCCGGGUUUGGUUUUAUGAUAUUAUCGACAUUAUUUUGAUCAUUAUUAUUAGCGGUCGCAUCGUUAUUUAUGACAUUAUUUUCAUUUUCAUCAUUAGUGGUGUUAUCUUCGGCGA